AUUAUUUAUCAAAAUAACUUUGGCUAUUUAUUUCUACAUCUUAUCAGUUUCGAGACUUAACGCAGGCGCCAUAAUUAGGUGUAACUGAAUAUUAUUCACCAUUAAGGAGUUAAGAGAGAGAGAUUCUGAUCCUAAACAAAAGAUAUUUUCGUGAUUCAGAGAGGCAAUGGGAGGCAGUAGCGUCGACGGAGUUUCGUACCGGAGCGACGGAGAAUCGGACGUGGAGUUGGAGGAUUACGAGGUGGAUGACUUCAGAGAUGGGAUUGUAGAAACGAGAGGAAACAGAUUCAACCCCCUAACAAACUUUUUAGGGUUAGAUUUGGCCGGAAGUAACGGCGGAAAGUUCACCGUCAUUAAUGGAAUCAGAGAUAUCUCUAGAGGCUCCGUUAUACAUCCCGAUAACCGGUGCUACAAGGCGUGGACCACGUUCAUACUGAUAUGGGCACUUUACUCUUCCUUCUUCACUCCAUUAGAAUUCGGAUUCUUCAGGGGAUUACCAGAGAAUCUCUUCAUCCUCGAUAUCGCGGGACAAAUCGCCUUCUUGGUCGAUAUUGUGCUAACUUUCUUCGUUGCUUAUAGAGAUAGCAGAACUUACAGAAUGGUCUAUAGACGCAGCUCCAUCGCUCUACGAUACUUAAAAUCAUCUUUUGUUAUUGAUUUACUUGCCUGCAUGCCAUGGGAUAUAAUCUACAAGGCUGCAGGUGAAAAGGAAGAAGUGAGAUACUUAUUGUUGAUAAGACUAUAUCGAGUUCGAAGAGUAAUCCUGUUUUUCCACAAAAUGGAGAAAGAUAUAAGAAUCAACUACCUUUUCACAAGAAUCGUCAAGCUUAUAUUCGUUGAGCUCUAUUGCACUCACACCGCCGCUUGUAUCUUCUAUUACUUGGCCACCACUAUACCUGCUUCUCAAGAAGGGUACACUUGGAUAGGAAGCUUGAAACUGGGAGACUACAGUUACGCUAAGUUCAGAGAGAUCGAUCUAUGGACUCGGUACACCACUUCUAUGUACUUUGCAAUUGUAACUAUGGCAACUGUUGGUUAUGGAGAUAUACAUGCGGUUAAUAUGAGGGAAAUGAUAUUUGCGAUGAUCUACAUAUCAUUCGACAUGAUUCUAGGUGCUUACUUGAUCGGUAACAUGACAGCUUUGAUAGUAAAAGGUUCAAAAACAGAGAGAUUCAGGGACAAGAUGGCUGAUAUUAUGAAGUAUAUGAACCGAAACAAACUCAAUAGAAAUAUCCGUGGUCAGAUCACUGGACAUUUACGUUUGCAGUAUCAAAGCAGCUACACCGAGGCAGCUGUGCUUCAAGACAUACCUGUAUCUAUCCGCGCCAAGAUUGCACAAACUUUAUACUUGCCGUAUAUUGAGAAGGUUCCUCUCUUCCGUGGCUGCUCAUCUGAGUUCAUUAACCAGAUUGUUAUAAGACUUCAUGAAGAGUUCUUUCUCCCUGGAGAAGUUAUCAUGGAGCAAGGAAGCGUUGUUGAUCAACUCUACUUUGUUUGUCACGGUGUAUUGGAGGAGAUAGGUACAGCUAAGGAUGGAUCCGAAGAGAUAGUGUCACUUCUUCAACCAGAUAACUCUUUUGGAGAGAUCUCAAUCCUCUGCAACAUUCCUCAGCCUUACACUGUUCGAGUCUCCGAGCUAUGUAGGAUUCUAAGGCUAGAUAAACAGUCUUUCAUGAACAUUCUAGAGAUAUAUUUCCACGAUGGACGGAGGAUUCUCAACAAUCUUCUUGAAGGGAAAGAGUCUAAUCUCCGGAUUAAGCAGCUGGAAUCAGAUAUAACCUUUCAUAUCAGUAAACAAGAGGGAGAGCUAGCUUUGAAGGUGAACAGUGCUGCUUUCUACGGUGAUCUUCACCAGCUUAAGAGCUUGAUUAGAGCUGGAGCUGACCCGAAUAAAACUGAUUAUGACGGAAGAUCACCUUUGCAUCUUGCAGCCUCUAGAGGAUAUGAAGACAUAACAUUGUAUCUUAUCCAAGAAUCAGUAGAUGUAAAUAUUAAAGACAAACUAGGGAACACACCGUUACUAGAAGCAAUCAAGAACGGUAAUGAUCGUGUUGCGGCUUUGCUUGUGAAAGAAGGUGCAACGUUGAGCAUAGAGAACGCAGGGACUUUCCUUUGCACAGUGGUUGCUAAAGGAGACAGUGAUUUCUUGAAACGGCUUCUCAACAACGGCAUUGAUCCAAACUCUAAAGAUUAUGAUCACAGGACUCCUCUUCACGUCGCUGCUUCUGAAGGAUUGUAUCUAUUGGCAAUGCAGUUGGUAGAAGCUGGUGCUAAUGUUCUUAAAAAAGACAGGUGGGGGAAUACUCCUCUAGAUGAAGCCCUAGGUUGUGGUAACAAGAUGUUGAUUAAACUACUAGAAGACGCUAAGAGUUCACAGAUCUCUUCCUUUUCAAGCAGCUCCAAAGAGCUCAAAGAUAGAGUAUAUAAGAAGAAAUGUACAGUGUAUUCUUCACAUCCAAACGAUGCAAAAGAAACAAGAAGACGUGGGAUUGUGAUGUGGGUGCCUAGAAGCAUCGAUGAACUUGUAAGAACCGCAGCAGAACAAUUAAAUAUUCCUGAAGCUUCUUGUGUAUUGUCUGAAGAUGAAGGUAAAAUUAUUGAUGUAGAUUUGAUUAGUGAUGGACAAAAACUGUAUCUGACUGUUGAAACAUAAAUGAUUUUCAGACAAUACAAAAAAAAAAUAAUCAUGUUGUGUAUUUUGUUUGUUUUGAUAUUAAAAUGAUUUCUUCACGUUCUUCAAAUGCAUCGAAGAAUCAACACAGUUCGUCUUCUCGUUUCUACAUCUGUUUAAAUUCCGUAACAGCUCGCUGGCUCUCUGUUUCGUCUUCUCCUCGCAACCAACUUGUAAAACCACUAAGAGUUUCUCGAAUGCACCAACUUGAAGAGCUUCAAGCAACACAUCUUCUCCGUUCUUUCUCCAUAGCUUCCAGAGAAUGGAGACUGAGCAUUGCGUUGCGAGUUCCGAAACGCGAAGAAGCUUCUUCACUACAAGAGGAACGAUCAAAGCGUUUGUGAUGAUAUCUUCUCUUGCUUGCUCGUUGUCGCAUGUAACGUUUAGAACAACGAGACAUCUCUCGCAAACGCUUUUUUCCGCGUUGUUGACAAUCAUCUCUGUGACCAAUGCGACCAAACCAAGCUUCACGAACUUUGUAGCGAUCUUGUUGUCGCACGAAACCGCUCUAUAAAUCGUCAUGAGAGAUCCUUUUGUCGAGCUUGUGGAAACAGAGUCUUUAAUGAUCUUUAUCAAUCCUUCACAAGCUCCUUCCAUAUCUGUUAACGCGUAGACAUACUUCUUGUCUAUUGCAAGAACCUCUCUUACACAAAACGCAGCGUUUUGUCUCGCUUUAGAGUCUGAACCGUUCAAGAACCGUGCGAGACGGUUAAGCGAAGCCGUUGAUCCCAUCUUGGAGAAACCCUCUGUUCGACUCAGAGGCAACCAAUAAGUUAGAGCUGACAAGACUUCCUCCAGCAGACGCGUGUUUUCCUCACGCGUUGACGAGAAUCUUUGGAAGCAAGAAGUCAACGCCGAGACGACUCCGUUUUGGAGCAAACACUUUUUGUUCCUGUCUCCGCUCUCUCUUCCCAAGUUCUUGAUUCUACUCACGAUUUGUGAACACUCGACAUGUUCACCACGCGCCGUCGAGUUUUCCAAUCUCCGAACUAUCUCCGCCGCAGCACGUGGGGUCAACGGCAUACGCGGUGACUGAACACGCUCUAUCUUUGAUGAUCGGAGUUGAGUCUCAGCGACCGAGAUAGUCAACUGAUUACGUUUCUUUUCUCCUCUUGAUCUCCAUGGUAACACCAUAACUUCUUCUUCUUUCUUUGUUUGGUUUGCUCUCUAACAAAUUGAAAACACUCUUUGAUUAUUUGAUAACAGCUGAAAUGGUUAGAUGUGAUUGUAUAAAUAAGAAUGUUUUGUUUUACGUGUUUU